GGAGGGAAAUGUAAAAAAUGUAUUUAGAGGGAUACUUAGAAUUCUUCAUGUAAAAAAUGGCAUGGGGUUAAAUUCAGUCGAAGUUAAUAAGUCAUAUGAGUUACUAGGAUGUUUCUGCAAGAGGAGCUGUAUUUCGAAAACGAGUACAAUACUUACAGUAUUCGAUUCUUAAAAUUAGUUGGCAUUUCUAUUUAUGAAACAUCCUUGUUUCAGAUGAUUCACGUUUAUUUAUUCAAUACUAUAAUAGCACUGGCAUCAUUUGCACAAAUAAAGAGACUUCUUCUUCGUAUAAAAACCGAUUGGAAUAAUGUAACAUCCGAGCCUGAAUUAAUGAUAUUAAAAAAAUAUGCUAAUCGUAGCAGACAGUGGACAAUAAUAAUCGCAAAUUUUAUUAUUUCAGUUGCCUUUUAUUUGUAUAUUAUGAUUUUAAUGUUUCCAUCCGUGAUAAGUGUUAUUUUGUAUAUCUUUGGUGAACUGGAUGUAACUGAAUUAGUAUUACCAGUUCCUUUUGAUUACUUUUUGAAAGAUCAAGUGCAUUUCUAUUUCACACUAUUCAUCGAAUACACAUGCUUAAUCGUCUUAAGCACGAUAGGAAUAACCCACUAUUCUAUAUUUGUAUCAUUUGUUCAGCAUGCCUGCGCUCUGUUCAAUAUCGUUGCGUAA